GGGGGGAGUUUAGAGGAAGCGGAAGUGUCAGCGCAAGCGGAAGUGGUACUGCCCUGAAUACCCCGAGCAGCGAAACGGAGGACAGCUUGAUACUCCCAUCGUUAACAGACACAAAUCAGGACUCGAAAUAUAUUUAAAUUUGCAUCAUGGACAAGAGCGACCUAGUGCAGAAGGCAAAGCUCGCUGAGCAGGCCGAGCGCUAUGAUGACAUGGCUGCUUCUAUGAAGGCCGUCACGGAGGGCGGCGUUGAGCUUUCCAACGAAGAACGCAACCUGCUUUCCGUGGCUUACAAGAACGUGGUGGGCGCCCGCCGCUCGUCCUGGCGCGUGAUCUCCAGCAUCGAGCAGAAAACGGAGGGCAACGAGAAGAAACAGCAGAUGGCGCGUGAAUACCGUGAGAAGAUCGAGGCUGAGCUUCAGGACAUCUGCAACGACGUGCUGGGUCUCCUGGAGAAGUACCUCAUUCCCAACGCUAGCCAGGCAGAGAGCAAAGUCUUCUACCUGAAAAUGAAAGGAGACUACUACAGAUACCUGUCCGAGGUGGCAUCCGGAGAAUCAAAGAAAACCACAGUGGACAACUCUCAGAAGGCUUACCAGGAUGCAUUUGAGAUCAGCAAAAGGGAAAUGCAGCCAACACACCCCAUCAGGCUGGGACUAGCGCUGAACUUCUCCGUGUUUUACUAUGAAAUCCUCAACACCCCAGAGCAGGCCUGCAGUUUGGCAAAGACGGCUUUCGAUGAGGCAAUUGCUGAGCUGGACACCUUGAAUGAGGACUCCUACAAAGACAGCACCCUGAUCAUGCAGUUACUAAGGGACAACCUCACUCUGUGGACAUCAGAAAACCAGGGUGAUGAGGGGGAUGCUGGCGAGGAGAGAACUAAAGGCGUUGCACUUCACUGUUAAAUCCACCUACACUCUUUAUCUUACACAUAUACAGCCCAUAAUUCCCUGCUCCAUCCAGUCCACCUCACCUUUAUCCACCUUUCUGUAUGACGAGCAGCAUGAAUUGUACCUGACCUACAAGUUUGUAUCCCUAAAGCCAAGAGCGGCGGGGUGAAGUUUGGUUUUUUCCAAGGCUGACUUGUCUCGAACAUGUCUGUUUGUGUAUUUUCCCCCAGACGAGGGAAAAUUGGUUGAAUAGUGGAAACGAAUUUACAUCCUUUUUCCCUUCCCAAAAUCCCUCCUAACAUUUUUAAAAGGUAUAUGUUCUCUGGUCUAGCAGGAUAUAAUGCAUUAUAGUGUCCCUCCCCACCCAUUUUUUCCCCUCCUCUGUCUUUUCUCUCUAAUAGUGUACUGGCUAUCGCUGGUUUUAUUCAAAAGGUUAUUAAACUGUCCAUUAAUUUAACAAACACUGUGACGUUCAGUUUUUCCUCCUGGAUAACUUUGUGCUCAAUGAACGGUUUCGCUACGAGUAGCAGUACAAUUCUGUUGCGAUCUCAUACAGAAGGGAUGAAAACCGUAUUGUGACACUGACUAACAUGCAUUUACUAUUAUUGCUGUCAUGUGCGUGAUUUUUGCAUACACGGCUAACAACGACAAAAGGGACCCGAGGUUUGCCAUUCCGUGUCUACUUUCAGUUUUAAGUUGAAGACAUUCCACCAGUACGUGACCUCUCACGAUUACAGACCUUAUUGUGAACAAACUGGAGAGUUUCCUAAUGUGCUGUCAACGAGGCAGUCAACAUAAAGGUGCUGUUUGACAUCAGUAAACGAUUUUCCUGGUUUGUUCUGUACGUUUAUUUUAUUUUUUUUCCCUUUUUUACGUAAUUCUGCCCACACCUCAGUUUAAUAAAGAUGUAAAAUUGUAAACAUUUUAACGGUAAAUGUAUAAAUUUGUCUUGAAACUAAAUGCUUGCAAAAACUUUUUUUUUUUUUAAGUUAUGCAACCCUCUUACGAACAGAAGCCGAUGCUUGACGUUUCCCUCUUCGUGUUAAUCAGAAGGUGUUUUGGAGCCUUUAGAAUUGACUUUGAGCUUUACUAGUCUUGGCCCAAAGUCUGCGAAACGCAAGCCGAGAUCGAAUUUGGCGAAUGGUUGGAAGGACCUGGAGCAGUUUUCGAGGGGUAGCCACUCACUCAGUGUCACAAUACUUUGUCACGUCACCAUAACAUUCCACUUAGGUGUAGAACUCAUCCGUCUCGAGCUGAAGACAAUGUUCAUGCACUGAAGACGAAAUUUCUCUCUCUCUCUCUCUCUCUCUAUCUCCCCUUAGCUGAACAAAUGGCAGUUAUUCUACGCUUGAUUACAAAAAAUACAGUAGUGAAUGUGGAGCCGAGCCUGUCUGUAUAUCUGGUAUCUCCAAUUGCUUUGUUUUUACUGACCAGUAUUCUGCCUAAAGUUAGCUUCUGUGACGGUUUCAUUGCUUAGCGCGCACGUGGUUGUGAAAAUUUAGACUAGCUUAAGGAAAAAAAAAUUGCAAAACGACAAAAAAAAAUAAUACAACCUGGUUAUUGACGUAAUACUAGAUUUGUGUAUGUCUUUUAAAACAGUUCUAGUUUCACCUUACAUGUUAUAAUCAGGAAAGUGUAAAAGACAAUUUAAAGUGAAAUAAAAGUUUUAUCAGUUCCAAA